AUGGAUUCUGAAGAUUGUUCCAUAACAGAAAACAGCUCUUUGCAUCUGGAGAGUGAUCAAAAAGAUGUUGCCUCUAGCUACCGUUUCGCAGCAAGUCAUGAAGGGUCCCUCCAGGUUCCUGUCCCGUGUGCUGUAAUGUAUGUGGUCUUCACCACCAUUCUGGUUAUAGCUCUCAUUGCCUUAUCAGUGGGCCGAUACAAUUGUCCGAGCCAGUGUGAGUUCUCAGCGCCUGCAGAGAGCCAUGUCUCUUCAUGCUCAGAUGACUGGAUUGGUUACCAGAGGAAAUGCUACUAUAUUUCCACUAUAACAUACAACUGGACUCUGGCCCAAAACUUUUGUUCUACACUUGGUGCUACUCUUGCAGUCAUGGAUUCUGCAAAGGACAUGAGCUUUCUAAAGCGAUAUGCAGGUGGAGCUGGACACUGGAUUGGGCUGAGAAACGCGGCUGGCCAGACAUGGAAAUGGUCUAAUGGCAAAGAACUUAGCAACAGAUUCAACAUUACAGAGUCGGAGAGCUGUGUGUAUCUGAAUAGCACAGACAUCGGCAGUACAGAAUGUGACAAGAGCUUACACUGGAUCUGUAGCAAACCCUCCAAAUAA